AACAACGAUAAUUAUAUGAGGCCUAAAUAGCAGCACCUUUCACAAAUUUCACUCACCAAUGGAUCCAACCUCCACCCAACAUGGUGAGCUCACCGAACCUAUACUAUCAAAACACCGGAACCCACCGGGCGAGGCGGUGAGUUCGGAGCUGGAGGAGAUACUGUCCGACACGAGCUUAACCUCCUUCGGGCGGUUCCAAAAGGCGGCGGUUAUCGAAUUGUAUAGUUUGUUUCGGCUAGCCGGUCCGGCGAUCAUCGUGUAUUUGUUGAACAACGUGACUUCGAUGUCUACACAAAUUUUCUGUGGUCACCUCGGCAACCUUGAGUUGGCAGCAGCAUCUCUCGGCAACAACGGUGUCCAACUUUUCGCUUAUGGUGUCAUGCUUGGGAUGGGAAGUGCAGUGGAGACACUAUGUGGACAAGCAUAUGGAGCUCAUCAAUAUGAAAUGCUUGGUGUUUAUCUUCAAAGAUCAACCAUUCUUUUAAUGGCCACAGCCAUUCCUCUUAUGUUUCUCUACAUCUUUUCCAAACCGCUAUUGCUUUUGAUCGGCCAAUCGCCAGAGAUCGCAAGCGCGGCUUCACUUUUCAUCUACGGCCUCAUCCCACAAAUCUUCGCCUACGCUGCCAACUUCCCAAUACAAAAGUUCCUUCAAGCUCAAAGCAUUGUGAACCCGAGCGCCUACAUUGCAGCCGUGAUGCUUGUGGUCCAUGUUGUGUUGACGUGGCUCGCGUUGUACGUGUGGGGUUGGGGGUUAUUUGGUGGCUCGCUCGUGUUGAGUUUGUCAUGGUGGCUAAUUGUGGUGGCACAGUUUGUGUAUAUAGUGAAGAGUGACAGGACUAAGGAGACGUGGGCUGGGUUCAGCAUGCAAGCAUUUUCGGGACUUUGGCCUUUUUUGAAAUUAUCAUCGGCUUCUGCCGUUAUGCUAUGUUUGGAAACAUGGUACUUUCAAAUACUUAUUUUGAUUGCGGGUUUGCUUGAAAAUCCUGAAAUAGCGUUGGAUUCACUGGCCGUGUGUGGGACAAUACUCGGAUGGGUGUUGAUGAUAUCAAUCGGGUUUAAUGCCGCCGCGAGUGUUAGAGUUAGCAACGAACUAGGUGCGGGACAUCCAAAAUCAGCAGCGUUUGCUGUCGUAGUGGUGACUCUUAGCUCCUUCAUGAUAUCCUUAAUAUGUGCUAUCAUUCUCUAUGCUCUAAAACAUGUCAUAAGCUAUGCUUUUACCGACGGGGAAACAGUCGCUAAUGCAGUCGCAGAACUCACACCUUUGCUUUCAGUUUCCAUCCUUCUUAAUGGCAUCCAACCUGUCCUUUCAGGAGUUGCGGUUGGAUGUGGAUGGCAAGCAUUUGUUGCAUAUGUGAAUGUUGGAUGUUAUUAUGUGGUUGGAGUGCCACUUGGUUCUUUGUUGGCAUUCAAGUUUAAUUUUGGUGCUAAGGGAAUAUGGUCUGGUCUGGUCGGUGGUAUGACCAUGCAGACGCUUAUUUUACUAUGGGUUACUUUUCGAACGGAUUGGAACAAAGAGGUGGAGAAAGCGAAAAAUCGAGUUGAUCAAUGGCAGCAGAGGAAAAAGGAACCUUUGCUAACUAGUUGAUUUUAUGUUGCAUUUUAUAUAGGAAAAUCAUAAAAUAUCACAAUUUACUGAUUAUUUAACAAAAUAUCUUAUUUGAUACACAUUUAAAAAAAAUAAGACAUUGUAAUUUGUAUGCUACAACGUUGGUAAUCUGUUUGUAAAAUUCUUGAAAAUCCGACAAUGAAAUUUCAAGAGAAAAUUGGUUCUCGGUGAAAGGUUGUUUAUAUA